CUACUCACUUCUGUCAAUCGAAUUUGUAUGUUGUGAAAGAACGACAUGAGCUUAAAGUUGUUUUCGUGUUUGCUUACACAUUGAUUAUUUCUUGUAUUGUUAUGUGUUAUACAAUGUGUGUGCGAAUAUGUUUGUGUGCUAAGUCAACUCAUUAUUUCAAGAUGUAUCCAAUGGAAUCGGAACUCAUGAGAUUUUAUUCUGAACCUAGACGUCAGUGUAUUCAAUGUUAUGUAAUGCAAAGAUUGUAGCUGUGUUCGAAAUAUGGGAGAAUCCGAUCUGCAAGCAAUUGGUGGAAAUAAGUUCAAAAAAUAUCUUGAAAAUGUUCCUCGUAGUAUCAAAGAAAGUGCUUCAAAUGGCGAUCCGUUGAAGAAUAUUGUUCAAUAUUUUACAAAAAAUGGUAAGGUGCACGAAGCUUUAAGUGCUUGUAUUCGGGCUUACAGUUCGGAUUUUUUCGAUUCAGAAUGUAUAAAUAUUUUAAUCGACAGUAUUACUCAGAAAGCGAAAGAAUACUUAAGAGAAAAUGCUAAGUUAACGAAAGAUCAUUUGAUGUGCACAGUUUGUGAUCAGUUUAUGAAAGAUCCUGUGACACUUAGAUGUGGUCACACAUAUUCAAAAAAAUGCAUGCUUUCAAAUCUGGAUGAUGAUGCAUUUGUUUGUGAAAAGUGUGAAAGUUAUUAUGUUAGAGGGUACGUUGAACAAGUGAAGAAUAAUGUUACAUUGUUAACAUUAAUUGAUAUUGUGUUUAAAUCAGAGUGCUCAGUUAACACCAAAGAUGAUGAACAUGUUAGUUCUGAUAAGCAAUGCGAUUCAGACAAAGAUGUUCCUGAAGAUGUAGUGGAAGUUAAUAAAACUGAUGCUGAUUUAACAAUCUUAUUACCGCCUGUCACUUCUGAGGACUACUCAAGAAAAGGAGAUCUGCUAGUCAAUAGGGGAAAGCUUGAGGAUGCCUUUAGAGCAUAUUUAAUUUCUUUAACAUUAGACUCCAACAUGACUCAAACAAAAGAAAAAUCAAAUAAGCUACUUCAUCAACUUUUAGCCAAGUAUAGUUGCAGGUUCUGUUGCAGCAAAAUUAAAUUUAAUGAUCUUUCAUUAAAAACUACAGAAUUAAGGAGAAGGAAAUCAUUAACUGGCAGCGAUGAAAGUCUCUGUAGCGCAGAUAGCAAUGACAGUUUUGUUGCAGCUGAUGAAUCUUACAGUUCUUCUAGUGAUGAAAAUGACAAUUUAUCCAAGGACCGGAAUGAAGCUCACUGGAAUGCAUGUGCUGAUGAUGAGAAACUGCAUGCUAUUCUUCAAGUUUUUUUAAAUGAUAUUGAAAAAAUGACAGAUGAAAACAGUGUGGCAGAUAUGAUUGAUACAUCAUCUAUUGAUAAGCAAGAUUUUGAAUGUCCAUUGUGCAUUAGGAUAUUUUGGGAACCAGUUACUACACCUUGUGGGCAUACAUUCUGUCGAGUUUGUUUGAAUCGUUCUUUAGAUCAUCAAGUUUAUUGUCCUAUGUGUAAAACAUCAUUAUCCGGUUUUUUAGCUCAGCGCGUUCUGAGUACGAGUGAAACCAUUGAACUUGCCAUUAAAACACUGCUCCCUAAUGAGUAUUUUGAAAGGAGGACAAUUUAUGAAGAAGAAAUGAAGGAGCUUUUAAAUGCUGGUAAAGAUCCUGAACAUGAAAUUCCUCUCUUCAUAUGUACAAUUGCAUACCCAACAGUGCCUUGCCCUCUGCAUGUUUAUGAGCCUCGCUAUAGACUUAUGAUCAGGCAGUGCAUGGAAUCUGGAAGCAGACAGUUUGGAAUGUGUGCUUAUAUUGAUGACAACAUUGCAGAAUAUGGUACAUUGCUUGAAAUCAGACACAUUGAGUACUUCCCUGAUGGACGAUCUGUUGUUAAUGCAGUAGGAAGUAAACGUUUUCGUAUUUUAAGAAAAGGAGAAAGAGAUGGUUAUCAUACUGCAUCUGUUGAAUUUUUGAAAGAUGAAGCUUAUGCAAAUGUUGAUACUGAAGAUAUCAUGGAAAAUCAUGAUCGAGUUUACAAAAUAUGCCAGUCUUGGUUUAUGCAUCUUCCCAUGAGUACAAAAUGCCAAAUAAUUGAUCAUUUUGGACCUAUGCCUCAGAUAGAAGAAGAUUACAUCAACAACCCUAAUGGUCCAUCUUGGUUUUGGUGGAUAAUAGCUGUUUUACCUUUGGAGCCUAGAUUACAGCAGCUACUGCUGUCAAUGACAUCAUUAGCUCGAAGAUUGAACACACUUAACAGGAUACUUCUACACAUGCAAUCAAAUAUGAUUGCAUGACUAGACUUUGGUAUUCAAAUGUCAGCAAUGAACUCUAAUUCUUUUCUUGCAAGAAAAAAUGUCAAAGUCUUUCUUAAAACUAUAGUUGUAGUUUUUUUUCUCUUUUUUGGGUUGUUAUAUUUAUUAAGUGCUGUAAUGUAAUAUAUAAUUUAUAACUUAAUCCUGCAUAGGACUUUUAAAUGUGAGAUAUUUAUAUAGCUAUGCUUGUAAAUUCUUUAUGCGUAGUAUCUGAUUAAAAAUAGUUUUAUCAAUUUAUAAUAAAAAGCGAG